GCAUGCCCUGGUACGGUCGUAUGGCGUGGAUGGCCUGUUGCAAUUGUGCGUGAACAUAUGUACAUAUGUACAAUGUACGUGACGCACGGGUACGGUACACACGUUAUAUCUUGCACUCUGCUGUGCAGUUUCUAAACUGUAGAAACGGCUGGGGCCGGGUUGGAAUUCUAAAACGGUCAUUUCGGGCUGGUGCUCCGCUCAUCAUGGCAAACCUUCGCCAGCCGUUCGAUCCAGUUGCCUAUGGACUUGAAAAGGAUUUCCGCUUGACGAAAUUCACGCAGCUGAAAGGAUGAGGUUGCAAAGUGCCCCAGAAGGAACUGCUCAAACUUCUGGAGGCAAUGAAGGGGAAUGAUGAAGGAUCAACACUCUCGACAGGCGUUGCAGGGGGUGGAGAGGGGAUGGCCACUGGGACUGUUGAAGGAUCUCAAGCCGAACAACUGCUUACACAAUCGGAGGAUCCUUCCCUGCCACAGUUUGGAAUUGGGAAUGACUGUUGCAUCAUACCACUCCAGCAUGGAGGACUUUAUCUUGUUGAAAGCACUGAUUUCUUCUAUCCUCUAGUUGAUGACCCCUAUGUUAUGGGCCAGAUUGCUUGUGCCAAUGUUCUGAGUGAUCUGUAUGCCGCUGGUGUUGUUCAUUGUGACAACAUGUUGAUGUUACUAGGUGUACCACAGAAGUUCACUGACAAGGAACGAGACACCGUCAUUCCUCUUAUGAUGGAAGGCUUCAGAGAUAAUGCUGGCAAGGCUGGGACAAAAGUCAGAGGGGGUCAAACAGUCAUCAACCCAUGGUUGACAAUUGGUGGUGUUGGCACUAGUGUUUGCUUGCCUGCUGGUAUAGUUUAUCCUGACAAUGCUCUAGUGGGUGACGUUCUGGUCCUGACCAAACCACUGGGUACACAGGUGGCUGUCAACGCUUAUCAGUGGAUGUUCCGCCCUGAAGAUUGGAAGAAGAUCAGUGCUGUGGUAACCAAAGAGGAUGUGGAGAGAGCCUACCAACAAGCCAAAUACCAUAUGGCUGAACUCAACUAUGAAGCUGCAAGGCUUAUGCAUUUGUACAACGCCCACGGUGCGACAGACGUGACAGGCUUUGGCAUUUUGGGACACGCUGAGAAUCUAGCCCAGAUACAACGACAAGAAGUCAGGUUCUCAAUUCACAACCUGCCCAUUAUUGCCAAGAUGCAAUACAUUGCCAAAGGUUGUGGGGGAAUGUUUAAGCUACUCCAGGGUUACUCAGCUGAAACAUCAGGUGGCCUGCUGAUAGCUUUUCCCAGGGAGCAGGCAGCUGCUUUCUGCAAAGAGAUGGAGAGACUAGGGAAGACGGCUUGGAUCAUUGGCAUUGUUGAAGAGGGAAAUCGCACUGCCCGUAUCAUUGACAAGCCUCGAAUCAUUGAGGUGCCAAAUAAAUUCAUAUAAUUUUUCUCAUUGAACCCUCGCCUUUUAAUUCUCCUGCUGAAAUAACAUCAACUCCGGAUACUUUGGCAGAAAUUUGUGACCGUUCACCAGAAUAAGGCUGUAAAGUUAAUAACAUUAUUUCAUUUCAUGGUUUGAUGCUUAUGACAUUCUUUUGUGCUUCAAUUAUCUACUUUUGAUCAGCUCUAAAGACAAGUUCACGCAACGAGCAGUUGCCAAAUAUUUGCCUGGUACCCAGGAUGUAUUUUGCACAGGUUACAAGGGAAAAGUGACCUUUGGUGGACGUAAUGCCAUUGCUUGAACUUGACUUUAGGUCAAUUAUAAGGUCACCUCCUUCAAGUUUAUUCCUGAUGAUAGAACAUGCUGGCCCAAAGGUCAGGUUACUGUGUUAUCGACAUAGUUUAGGUCCUUUUACAUUUUGAAUCCACAAAUCAUUUCACAAGUGAAUUUAAAGUGUUUCUUCAUAAGUAUUGGAACAUGUGUUGGUUCUUGUGACAAAACAAAAUCAACCUAAAUAGUACCAUAAGAUUAAAUUUAACCAAGUCUGAUUUUACAGUCGGUUUGAAAUAAACGAUUAUUUCAAUUAAGAAUUCACUGACACUCCCACCUCAUCAAUUCACUCUGAACUUCAGCAUGAUUUAUUUGUCUAAAGAGGAGAUAAAUCAGUGAUCUUUUGUAGCACCCACCUGUUAAUUUCUUGAUCUUACUCUCACACUGUUGGACCUCAAUUACUUUAGCAAGUUAUUGUUUCAUAAACUUUUUUGUCAGUUUUUAGUACAUUGCAAGUGAGAACAAACAUUAAGAAAGGUUUCAUUGUUUCAAAAUUUCCUUUUUUUAUAAAUUGUAUGAAAAUUUUAUAGCCAAACUUUUAUGUAUAAAGGUGACAAUGAUGAGCUGAUAAGUGAAGCAUUACUUGCAACAAAUUGUUUGCACUUGCAGUUUUUGUAAGGAAAAUUUCAUUUGCGGUUAUUCUUCAUAAAAUGGUUAUAAAUGUUGGCAUCUGUCAAAUGAUUGAAACUGUGUUCAUACUUCAUAGGUGCACUUGAAAUUAGUGGCGCUUUUAUGUUUUGAUUAAAUAAUAUAAUGUGCAUCUGCAUGUACUCUGAAGUUCAUAGGAUGGUCAUUCUUCAUUAGCUAAACAUGAGGUCACAGCUUUAGGUGGCUGCAAUGCCUUUAACCAAACUGAUUUUGCUCAAAUCGAAACAGGAAACUAAUGCUAAAAAGUUAAAGAAAUCAAGCUUAUGAACCAACAGUAGUGAAAACACACCCUGAUUGUAAAAAUUUCACCCAGUCCAACCUGCCUGGGGCAAUUUCCUCCCGAAGGAUUGAGCAGCUUCUGGGUGGUAAUUGUUCCCAGAUACCUAGUUUGGAAUAAGUUUGUAACACAGGUUACCCUCCUCUGUAGGUGCUCUCCAUGAAACCUAGCCAGGAACCCAUAGUACUGUACUCUGGACUGGGUAGGUGGAAAGACUUUGAUGAGUCGAACACUGAUGGAUUUGUGGUAUUGAAGUUGCAAUUGGAUGAAUUUGUUUAAUCAGGGUGUUUUUUCUGUAUUCAUUUGUUUGAUUUGGCAAUAGAAAAAUAAAGCUUUAUCUUAACAUGGUGAAGAAAAAAAAUUUGUUUGAAUUCAGUGUUUUGAAAGUAGAUGUGGUUUGGAAGGCACAACUUUCUCUCUGUUGCCUAUUACCCCUGAAUCCUUAAAGUUCCAGACCCCAAAUUAUUUCUUUACCCACUCGGGCUUCUUUUGUCACCUAAUAUAACAGCCUCAUGAACUUGCCUCUGAACCGAGUUAAGGGUUUAUGAGCUAUCUCUAGUGAUUCUCAAAUUCAGCAGUCUCCAAAAACUCCACAACAGUAGUCAAGAUUCGCAGCACCUCUGAUGUGAAUAACUAUCCCAAAAUGCAUCAUGCUGAAAGUAAACUCAAGUAUGAAACAAGCUCACUGUAAAUCCAAGGUAACACUGACAUGGAAAGGUUUUCUGCUGUAGCAAUGUGAGCCUUUUAAUAUACAUGCUAAUGAACUGUGUCAACAUAAACCAGGUGGAAAGCUGAAGACUGAAAUAAAAUAAAAACAGUUCUGAA